AUGCGGGCCUGGCUGCUGCUGCUGGCCUGGCUGCUGGCCCCCGCGCUGCCGGCCCCCGCGGCCCCCGCCUGGAGCCGGGGCGGCCGGUACGCGGUGGACUGUCCGCAGCGCUGCGAGGCCCCGUGCGCCAGCGGCCGGCGCUGCCCCCGGACGGUGCCGGAUGACUGCGGCUGCUGCCCGGUCUGCGCGGCGGAGCGCGGGCACGCCUGCUACCGCACCGUGGUGGGCAUGGACGGCGUGAAGUGCGGCCCGGGGCUGCGGUGCCAGCUCCUCAGCGCGGAGGACGCCUUCGGGGACGAGUACGGGGUCUGCAGAGACUGCCCCUUCGGCACCUUCGGCGUGGACUGCAGGGAGACGUGCCGCUGUCUGCUGGGCCUGUGCGACCGAGUGACCGGGAGGUGCCUGCAGCUCCCCUUCCUCCAGCACGCAGCCGCCGGGGCGGCCGACAGGGGCGCUGCCCACGCCGAGCCUGACGCGGGGUCCGGGGACAGCAACGCCGUGACGCGGGAGCUCCGGAGCCAGCACGCCGCCCGCCCCCCCGGCACCGAGUGGCUGGAGCCACGCUGA